AUGACGUCUGCUGGAAGGUUGAGAUUGCUAAUGAAGUUGGUGAAGGUUAAACAAGAUGAACCCAAUCUGACUACAGAUAUAGUUAAUAAAACUACUUUGUACGAAGUGAAAAAUGACGAGAAGUCUCAAUUAUUGCCAACAGAAAAUACAUUUGUCAAUCCUACAUCUUCUGACGAGUUUAUUACUUUACAAAAUGUACCACCUUCAUAUUUUGAACGGAACCACAAACAUAAUGCCGUAUUAGAGAAAAAUGAAAUAACCAUUAUUGGAGUGGCUGAUAGGUCAUCACCACAGGCUGACGACAACAGAGAAAGUAGCCUAAAUGAUUACGUAAUGUCUGAGGAUGAAUCUAUAGGAUAUAACAAUACAGAUGACAGUGAUUUGGAUCCAGACUAUGGUGGUGAGAAUUCCAGUUCAUCGUCGACGUCGAGUGAUGGAGUUCCCAACGAAGAAGCACCCUCAGAAGUUGAAGAAAUAAGAGGGAGAAAACGAAAGGCCAAACCAGAGCAGUGGAAUAAAUCAAUUAGGAAAGCAUGCAGAAAUCAUGGGAAAAAAUACAAGUAUGUCAAUUCUAAAAAAGAAACCAAGGUUGUUGAAGAUAAAGUAAUGGGGCCACCAUGCAAAGACAGCUGCACCCUUCAUUGCAAAACAAAAGUGACCGAAGACCAACGGUUAACUAUUUUUACUAAUUAUUGGGCACUAGGCGAUUUACAGAGACAACGUAACUUUCUGUUAUUAAGUAUGGAGUCAGUUGAGCCUAGAUAUAGGUAUGUUCGCGAGAACAGCCAUAGACAGAAAAACAAUGCAUUUUAUUUUUCUGUUAAUGGUCAAAAGAUAAGAGUAUGCAAGGCAUUUUUUAAAGCGACACUUUCCAUAUCUGACAGGCCAAUUAGAACAGUUUUAAACAAAAGCAAUGAUAAGACCAUCGGCAUGAUUGACACUAAAAAGCGAGGAAAACAUGGCAAGCAAAAAAAAGUUGAUGAAAGCAUUAAAGAAGCAGUACGUUGUCACAUAAAAUCCAUUCCAAGGAUGGAGAGCCACUACUGCCGAAAAGAUUCCAUUAGAGAAUAUAUUGGAGGGGACAAGACUCUAGCAGACUUACAUAGGGACUACCGUGAAGAAACUGAGGCACCACAAUAUGCUAACUAUCUUAUGUACUCUAGAAUUUUCAAUACGGAAUUUAAUAUCGGAUUUCAUCGCCCAAAAAAAGAUCAAUGCGAAGACUGCAUAAAGUAUCAAAAUGCUCCUGAAGAGGAAAAAAAUACACUGAAAGAUAAAUACGAUCGACAUCUGGUAGAAAAGGAAUUAUCUCGUGAAGAAAAAAAAGCUGAUAAAAAUAGUGAAAAUAAAAAUUUGAUUGUGGCAGUUUAUGACUUGGAGGCAGUUCUUCAAUGCCCUCGAGGAGAGGCAUCCGGUUUCUACUAUGUAUCCAAAAUUAAUGUAUUUAAUUUUACACUUUACGAACUGAAAUCAAAAAAUCCUGACGUUUUUUGCUACGUAUGGGAUGAGACACAAGCAAAACGCGGAGCUAAUGAGAUUGGGAACAUGCGUUCCUAA